UUGACUGACGGAGUUUGUGGCGAGUUACCUACAGAGAAAGAGAUAUAUGGUGUCACGGGGCUCCACGUUUGUUUCCUCGGCGAUUUCUAUGGAUUCCACUCUGAGAGGCGUCUCCUCUUUCUCGCACAGGACCAGGUGCUCGAGUUCUCGUCAGGUGGUCUCGUCUACAUGCCAGCUUAGUGAUAACUCUCACAUUCAUGUGAGCCGGAGAGAGGUUCUUGUGGGAUUGUCAUCUACAAGUCUGGCAUUUGGCUCCUGGAAUGGGAUUGCAUCGACAGACAAUGCCAUGGCAGCGGAUCUGAUUCAAAGAUCACAGCGUGCCGAUUUUCUAGGAAAAAUCAAAGUGAAGCUAGCGAAGGCGAUCAAGGAAAAUCCGGAACUUGUUCCUUUUCUUCUGCGGCUUGCGUUGAAUGACGCGAUAACUUAUGAUAAGGAAACCAAAACAGGAGGUCCGAAUGGUUCCAUACGUCUGAGCGAGGAGUUGAAAAGACCUGAAAACGUGAAGCUCGACUCGGCGGUAACGUUUCUCGAGGGGCUCAAGAAAGAGAUCGAUGAAGAAUCCAAAGGAGGACCAAUCUCAUGGGCCGAUCUUAUUCAAAUCGGAGGACAAGCUGCGGCAAAGAGAACGUUCUUGGAUGCCGCUAUCAAAAAGUGUGGUGGCAACGAAGAGAAGGGGAAUUUUCUCUACAAUGCCUAUGGAUCAAAUGGUCAGUGGGGAUUUUUCGACAAGCAAUUCGGGCGCUCGGAUAAACUAGAACCGGAUCCCGAAGGCCGAGUUCUUUUGUGGGAAGAAGCUCCGAUAGCAGAGAUCACGAACAGAUUCUCCAAAGUCGGCUUGGGACCAAGACAGGUUGCAGUAUUGUCAGCGUUUCUCGGCACAGAUCAAGCGGCCAUGGACGCGAAACUUGCACAAGACAGUGAAUUAGCACGAUGGGUGAAGAAGUAUCAAGACAGUAGAGAGACCGUAUCGCAAACAGACUACGAGGUGGAUUUGAUCGGCGCUUUUACAAGGCUGAGCAUCCUGGGCCAAAGCAUCAACUACGAGGCCUAUACGUAUCCUCCAAAGAAAUUCAAGCUCAAGCUUUAGCAUAGAAAUCGCAGUUUAUGUAAAACUAUAAUGUCGAUGCAGUGAAAUUGAUUGAUGGCUAGACAUUUUUGUCCAAUCCUCUAAUAUAAUCCUGCUGAUAA